ACAAGAUGGCGACCAAAACUGAAGAUGGACAGAAAAAGAGUCGGCUAGAUUGGCGUAAAGAAAAAGAGUUAGAGGAAGCGAGAAAGGCUGGUACAGCACCAGCGUUGACAGACGAGGAAGGAAAGGAUAUCAAUCCUCACAUUCCACAGUACAUCUCACAAGCUCCUUGGUAUUAUGGUACUUCAAGACCAACAUUAAAGCAUCAACGACCACAAGAGGAAAAGCAAAAGCAAUUUUCAGCUAUAAAUGAGUGGUAUAAAAGAGGAACUGACGUAAUACCAGCAGCUACUAAGUUUAGGAAGGGAGCCUGUCAAAACUGUGGAGCCAUGACUCAUAAAAAGAAAGACUGUCUUGAGAGACCCAGAAGAGUUGGUGCUCAGUUCAGUGGAGAGGAUAUUAAAGCCGAUGAACACAUACAGCCUCAGCUUUCCUUUGAUUAUGAUGGUAAAAGAGACAGAUGGAAUGGCUACAAUGUUGAGGACUACAGGAAAGUUGUUGAUGAAUACACAAAAUUAGAAAUGGCCAAACAGCAUUUAAAAGCAGAGAGAUUGGAGGAGGAACUAGCAGAAGGAAAAAAACCUGAAGUUAUGGAUGACCCAGACAGUGAAGAUGAAGACAAGUAUGCAGACCGGGCUGAUAUGCCGGGACAAAAAUUUGAUACUAAAAGGCGAACAACAGUCAGGAACUUAAGAAUCCGUGAAGACACUGCAAAGUAUUUAUACAACCUGGACCCCAAUUCAGCGUACUAUGAUCCAAAGACAAGAUCAAUGAGAGAAAACCCUUUCAAGGAAACAGAUGCAACUGCAAACAAUGUCACCUACUCUGGGGAUAACUUUGUUCGAUUUUCUGGAGACACACAGAAGAUGGCUCAAACACAGUUAUUUGCUUGGGAGGCUUACGAGAAGGGAGCUGAUGUCCACCUUCAGGCAGAUCCCACCAAACUUGAGCUGUUACACCAAGAGUACAAAGUAAAGAAAGGGGACUUUGAGCAAGACAAGAAGAUAACAGUACUGGAGAAGUAUGGAGGUGAAGAACACUUGAAUGCUCCACCUAAAGAUUUGUUGUUGGCUCAAACUGAGCAUUAUGUUGAAUACUCGAGGACUGGAAAGGUCAUUAAAGGUCAAGAGAAGGCAGUUGCAAAAUCAAAAUAUGAAGAGGAUGUGUACACAAACAAUCACACAAGUGUUUGGGGUUCAUACUGGCAGGAAGGAAGAUGGGGCUAUGCUUGUUGUCAUUCAUUUGUCAGAAAUUCCUAUUGCACUGGUGAAUCUGGUAAAGCUUCAUCUGCGACAAAGAAUAACCCACCUCUUACAAGUGCAGCUAGAAUGAUUCAAGAAGCAGAAGAAAAUGGGAAAACAUUACUUGAGCUUCAUCAAGAAAAUCGUAAGAAAGGCAAGAAAAGAGAAAAGUCAGUUGACGAAGAAGAUGAGGAAGAUAAAAAGGAAAAGCUUAACAAGGCACUAAGAAAAGAGGAGCGCAGCCAGAAAGAAGCAGACAGACUACUUGCCAUGGAUGAACGGAAGAGACCAUAUAACUCCCUCAAAGGUGAUUACCAUGAGGUUACUGAGGAGGAGAUGGAAGCGUAUCGCAUGAAACGUCGCCAGGAAGAUGAUCCAAUGAAAGACUUUCUUUGACCUACAUUCAUUUGCAAGAAACAGGGGUGCUAUAGAAAGGGUUAACCUGUGACAUGAUAUCUUCCAAACAAAAGACUGUCAAAUUCUUCUUGACUCAAACAGACAAUGGGUGUCAUCUUGCAACAGCAGUUACAGUGUGUAGUCAAAGGGAGAGUUCACCACUUGGAUAGAUCAACCUUGAUCAUGCAAUUCCUUCACUUUUCUGCUGUUUAAUUACAAGAAAUAAUGGUGAGAUUUUACACUAUUACUCAGACUGAAAGGUAGAAAUUACAAGAUAUAGAAGAGACCUGUCAGAUUUACUUCCAGGAUAGACUGUUCACUGCUCUGGAGAGAACAGAAUGACCUGUGUUGCUUUGUGCGAAGAUUUACAUAGCUGGGAACAGAACUUCAUGGUGUGGUACUUAAAGAAUUGUACAGACUGAGACACCUGAAACUAAAGUCUAGUGAUGAUACCUGAUGAGCAUGUAUGCAGCUCUCACAGGAAACAAAGAGACAAGAGAACAUUUUUGUUCAUCCUAAAUUUGUUCUCUCAGACUGACAAAAACACCACUGUUAAUAAACAUUAUUUCCAAGGUCUAACAAAAUGCACCUGAUCUUUCCCUCGGUUUGAAUAAUGUGGCUCUAUAAGAAUCAAUAAACAAACUGGUGAGAA